GAAAGAAAAAGGAGCAUCUCGAGAUGGCUAUAGCCAUGAUGUGUAUUGGCGUUAUUACGGCAAACAUAGACAGAGCACCAUCUAUUUGUUCAGAAGAACUCACGUUAACUGAUGGGUCAAUAGGAAGAGGGAAGUAUGAGGAAAAGCUACCGAAUCGCCAUGGUGUGUGACUUUUUCUACCCUCGGCUCGGAGGGGUCGAGAAUCAUAUCUGGAGUCUAUCACAAGAAUUAGUAAAAAUGGGGCAUAAGGUUAUCGUAAUAACUCACGCCUACGGAUCCCGAAGAGGUGUUCGAUACAUGUCGGGACCUUUGAAGGUGUACUAUUGCCCAAUAACGCCGAUGGUUGAUCAAGAUGCCUUACCCUCGUUUACCGCCACCUUUCCAUUAUUGCGGUCAAUAUUGAUUCGAGAAGGGAUUGAGAUUAUUCAUGCACAUCAGGCGACAAGCACUAUGGCGAACGAAAGUAUUGUGUAUGCCGGUAUUCUCGGCAUCGCCAGUGUUUACACGGACCACUCGUUGUUUGGAUUGAACGACAUUGCUGGUAUUGUAUUGAAUCGCGUGCUACAGACGACUAUGUGUGCUGUAGACGCCGCCAUCUGCGUUUCUCAUGCAUGCCGGGACAACUUUGUCCUGAGAGCGAACGUGGGUGCGGAGCGCGUUCGAGUCAUUCCGAAUGCUGUGGACGCAUCUAUGUUUCAACCCGACCCAUCUCUUAAGUGCCAACCUCGGCUCAAUAUUGUUGUUGUUUCUCGUCUGGUGUAUCGGAAAGGGGUAGACCUUCUGGUUGGUAUUAUACCAAAAAUAUGUCGAAGACUUGACUCAGUUGAUUUCAUAAUAGGUGGCGACGGCCCCAAAAUGUUGGACUUGCAAGAAAUGGUGGAACUUGAACGUCUGCAUGAUCGUGUUACAUUUUUAGGUUCUAUCCCGCACGCACGGGUCCGAGACGUCUUGGUACAAGGACAUAUUUUUUUGAAUUGUUCUCUGACGGAGUCCUUUUGCAUCGCUAUCCUAGAAGCCGCUUCCACUGGCCUCCUUGUUGUUUCUACGAACGUCGGUGGAGUUCCCGAAGUUCUUCCAGAUGAUAUGAUCCUUUUGGCCGACUCAAACGUACCAAGUAUUGUGCAGAGGUUGGUGGAAGCGGUUGAUCGCUUUAACAAUGGCAACGUUGCUGACUCUUGGAGUGCCCACCAACGAGUCACAGACAUGUAUUCAUGGCAACGGGUUGCCGUCGAAACUGAGCAAGUGUACAGUGACGUUUGCCGGCAGUCAAAACGAUUGUUUUAUGACCGAAUUUCCCGAUUCUGCAGCAUAGGCGGAAUUUCUGGGCCUGUUGUCGUGGUGCUGCUAGUUAUCGUGGAAUUGUGGACUUGCGCCGCAAAUUGGUACGAGCCGUCUGCGAAUAUUGACAUUGUGCCUGAUGUAAUCGAGAGCAAGACAAAGAAAAAAACGCGUUCGAAGACGGAAGAACCACAAGUAAAGAUGCCAUAGUAG